AAGUUAAUGAGUAUAACUGUGGCGAAAAAUUGGUAUCUCAAACAUACGAUGGAGCUGCUGUUAUGGCUGGUCAUCUGAAUGGGCUACAAAAAUUAUUGAGAGAAAAAUAUGAUAAUGCUAUAUUCAUACACUGUUGUGCGCAUAGACUCAAUCUUGUGCUUACGCAAUCACUCAACAACAUUACUGAUUGUAAGAUAUUUUUCAAAACAUUAAGUGGGUUUGCCUCAUUCUUCUCUCAUUCUACCAAACGAACACAGGCAUUAGACAAAUUUGUGAGCAAACGAUUUCCCAAAGUAUGUCCUACAAGGUGGAAUUAUAAUUCCUGCUUAGUUCAUACGAUUUUUGAAAACAAAUCAGAUUUGAUAAGCCUUUUCGAAAACAAAACUGAAAGUCCUGAUGAAUGGGAUAAUGAAACCUACAUUACUGCACGUGGAUUCCUAGCUGCAUUAAAAUAAUUCAAUUUUAAUUUUAUGUUACAUGUGUUUUCUGAUUUAUUUUCCAUCACAGAUGCAAGGUUUCAGAUUAUUCAAGCAAAAACUUUCGACAUUAGCUAUUGCCUUCAAAAACUGAAAGAAACAGCAAAACUAAUUUCUGAGAAGAGAAACACAUUCAGUUCAACAAUUUGGUCUGUCUUCAAAGAUGACCCUCCCACUAAGAAACGGCGUACAUCUGAGGAAAAUGAUCCAGAAGCUAGAUACAGAAAACUGUAUUUUUAAAUUAUUGAUAAUAUUCUGGUACAGCUUGUUACACGAUUCAGCUCACUCGAAAAUUUGAAGUUCCUGGGUCUAAUGGAUCCAAAUAAAAACGAGGAAAAUGCAAAAAUAUUUCCCGAGGAAGCAUUCGUCUGUUUAAAAUCUUCUUAUGGCAACUACUUUGAUUUACAUCGUUUAAGGAGUGAAUUAAUUGCAAAAUUCAGUUUAGCAGAGUUUAAAUCAAAAUCAAUUUAUGAGAUACUGCAGGUAUUGAAACAGUCGGGUUUAUUGUGGACGGCUUUCCUGAGCUGUAUAAAUUGUGUUCGUUAGUAGCUACAAUUCCAGCAACAAGUGCAUCUGUCGAACGCUCGUUUUCCUCACUGAAACAAAUUAAGACCUACAUCAGAAAUGCCCAGAAACAAGAAAGACUUUCAAAUCUUGGACUCAUUUCAAUUGAACAGAAAUUAUUGCUUUCCCUGAAACAAAGUAAAACUUUCUACAGUGAUAUAAUUGACAAUUUUGUUCGCAAGACACGGCGACUAGACUUGGUUUACAAAUAACUAAGUAGCAGCCCACCUCAGCAAUUCCCCAGAUGUGGAUAUUACCGGACAAUGUUGCUGGUCAGCAAGUUUACUCAAGAUCUCCUGUAUUCCCCACUCUUGCAUUCCGGUGCUGCUCCACCCCACCUCAUUCACCUGCAUCAGUUCUCAAGACCACAAAUGUUAAGCGCUGCCCAAAUCUCUCCACUCCACCAAUAAUGUCUACAAGCUGACAGGAUGAUGCUGGGCUGCCGCGGGCUUUCGGCGGGGGCUGGCAAGGGCAGAAGAGUGGUGGUGACAGGCAUGGGAGUGGUGUCGCCUCUGGGCUGUGGUCUGGAGCAGUCGUGGAGCGCACUACUGGCUGGCGAGUGUGGGAUGACGCGCCUGCCGGCAGACCGGUAUGGGAAGCUGCCCUGCCAGGUAGCAGCUCUCGUGCCCACGGGACCUGGCCCCGGCCAGCUACACAUCUCCCGAUGCUUCUCCAAGAGCGAGCUCCGCUCCAUGUCGCUGGCCACCGCCUACGCGCUCGUCGCAGCCGACGAGGCCCUCCGAGCUGCUGACUGGGCCCCCCAGGAAGAAGAAGAGCUUUGCAGGACUGGGGUGGCUGUUGGCAUGGGCAUGAUUGAUCUGGAAGAUGUUGCUGCCACUUCAGUUGCUCUUCACAAAAGUUACAACCAAGUAAGCCCAUUUUUCGUGCCACGUGUGUUGGUCAACAUGGCAGCUGGACACAUAAGCAUCAAGUACGGCUUCCGCGGACCAAAUCACGCGGUCUCCACGGCGUGUGCUACGGGGGCACAUGCCAUCGGUGAUGCUUUCAGGUUCAUCAAGAAUGGUGAUGCAGAUGUGAUGGUUUGCGGGGGCACCGAAGCUUGCGUGAGUCCUCUUGCAAUCGCUGGGUUCUGUCGUUUGCGGGCACUAAGCACGUCUUUCAACGAUAGUCCCGGCAGAGCUUCCCGGCCUUUCGACAGAGAUAGAGAAGGCUUCGUGAUGGGUGAAGGCUCUGCAGUUUUGGUCUUGGAAGAAUUGAGCCACGCAGUGUCGAGAAAUGCCAGGAUCUUUGCCGAAGUGUUGGGAUACGGAUUGUCGGGAGAUGCAUCGCACUUAACCUCUCCGAGAGCGGAUGGCUCAGGUGCUAUACUGGCCAUGAAAAGGGCCCUGGGGGAAGCAGAAGUAAACAUAGAGGACGUAGGUUAUAUAAAUGCCCAUGCAACUUCCACCCCUGUAGGUGAUGCUAUCGAGACCAGAGCAAUAAAAAUGUUGUUUGGUGAGCAUGCUGCAGGCCUGGCAGUGUCCUCCACGAAGGGAGCUCACGGGCACCUCCUGGGGGCCGCUGGAAACUUGGAGACUGUGUUCACAAUAAUGGCGUGCUCAACAUCUUGGCUGCCACCAACCAUAAACAUUGAGAACCUUUCAGAGGACAUGGAUCUCAACUACGUGGCCAAUGUGAAGCAAGAGUGGCUUGCGACUGCUGCCUCGAAACAGCGGAUAGCUCUUAAAAAUGCUUUUGGUUUUGGGGGAACAAAUUGUUCGCUUUGUAUCAGUCAGUUUACAGGAACAUGAGUUUAUCCUCUGUUGCAAUCAGUUCAUAUGUAGUGAAAGUAACCAAAGUGUACUUGUGUACCCAAUUCCAAGCAGUUGGUAUAAUACUGAUUCAUGUUUCCAUUUCAGCCACAAAUUAAUAAUCUUAUUUUUUUAUUUGAUUAUUCUUUAUUUGUGGACAUGUAUCAUGGAGAAGUAAUCAGCUCUGACUUUUUGUAUGGGAGCAUUUCAGCAUUUGCCUGGAGUGGUUACAGAAAACUUCGGAAAACCGCGAUCAAAAUAUGUGGAAAACUGAAUUAAUUGGAGUUUAGUGUUUCCUUAGACACUAUGAAGAGUAAGGUGGUGUUGGGGCAGCAAUAGAAUGCAUUGGAGGGAGAAACUGGAAUACCUCAAGAAAACCUAUCAGCUUGCAGUUACAAACGUCACAUUUUUCAAUUGCGAAAAAUCUGGGUUUGACCCCACAGUUAUCAAACUACUCUACCACUGUAGUCCCCAGAGUGAAUUGACUGAGAUUCAAACUGAAGUCCUCCCCAACACAAGUUAAUUUUACAGUGCUACUUGUUUUGAAUGAUAAUGUCCUUAAGGCUGUGCUAUUAAACUAAAAAGAUAUGUUGAUGUCAUUAAUAUUUAUGAAUUUUUUUUAACUAAAAGAAAUUUGAUGUGAUAUUAGUAACAAAUAAAUAUUAUUUUAUCAAAAAA